UCAGAAAAUUACAAUCUAAAAACAACAACGCUUCAAGUUACAUAAUUGAUCGAUAUUCACGAAAACAAAAACCAUAUAUGGGACGAGUAUAUUCACAUACGUAUUUGCUGAGUCAUACCUGAUACUUGAUAACCUUUCUGUAUAAAGUUUCGUACUAGAUAACAUACAUACCGUGCUACGAGUGUAUUCAGAACAAACAACUGGUCUUACGGCGAGAAACAAUAAAGCCCUUAUCAAGGACAAAAGGUCAUACAAGACUCUCGUUCUAAUCAGGUUCUAAACAUUAGCCUUAUAUAUUAUAUUACAUGUACAUAGCUUGAUCAGUUUUCUAAGCUCUAUUGAUUUCACUAAAUAUGGAUUGUGCAUUCUUGUAUAGAUUUCUUAAACAGCUCCUUCACAUGUUAUUGUGCUGUGUGGAUUUUAUGGCACACAAACUAAUGGUUGUGGCACACAAACUAAUGGUUGGACAGUCUACGGCCAUUCUAGUACACACUCAUCCCGAACACAAGGCUUUAGAAAGAAGCUAUGACAAAUUAGUCAAGGGUAUACAACAAUCACCUGGAGGUAUCAGGACUGCCUUAACACCACUAGGCAUCUGGUCUCAAGAAGAUGUUUCUUACCUCAGCAAUGAAUCUCACGAUCGUAUAGAACAUGCUAAAAGAAUUGUUGAUGUAAUGAUGAAUAAAGUUAAGAUUGAUUCUUCAAUAUACACAGACAUUAUUAAUAUCCUUGAAGAAGAAGUGUGGCUAAAAGCUAGCUUGAAUGUGCUGAAACAAAACUAUAAACAACUAGUUCCACCAGAUACUGAUAGCUCUGAUUCUAGUGAUGACAGUGACUGUGAUGAAAGUGAUUCUGGUGAUGACUCUGACAAUUUGUAUUCUUUCCAAGUCAAAUCUAAAUCUUCUUUUGAACUGUCUCAAUUUUCUUCUACAUGUAGAGGAGAGGAUUUGGAAUUCCAAACUGAACAAAUCCGGGGACAAUUUGCUAGUCUCAUAACAAGUGGUAUGAUGUCAAUACCAAGUAACAGGGAUCGAGACGAGCACCAAAAUUUAAUAUUCUUCUUGUCUGAACUGAAAGCAUUUCAAGCGCAGGACACCGAUGCUAAAAGGAAAUGUAUGCUCUUCAAUGAGAAACAUAUAAGGCGUAUGAAGAGAAAAUGUUCUUCAGUACGUGACGUUUUUGAAAGUAUGCGUGGAUAUUACUCAUGGUUUGACUUUAGACUAAUAGAAAAAAUUAUCAACACAUUUUGCAAAAGAGAUCAGGAAAUUAAUAAAUCAUUAAACGAUUACAAAGCUGCUCUGGAAACAUACUGUAAGGCGAGACUACACCGUAAUAAUGUCAGAAUUGUUGCUGGUCCAACCGAUCGAUACCAGUGUGUUUUUUUAAUUGACUGCAAAUACAGACAAAUGAGAAUCAGCACUAUUCGAAACAUAUCAACGAUAAUUUGUAACGUGUUUGAGUUAACUGAAAGAGGAGCACUUCAGUUUCAUGCAGUGGAAAAAGGAUCCGUUAUACUGAUCUACACCAUGCCACAACAUGUGGCAAAUAUUGUGUUUCCUUUGACACGACAACAAGUUGAGGCACUAGAGCAAAAUAGUAUUUACUCACAGGAAGGUACAAUAUAUACAGGGUCGCUCAGCUCACGACAAUCUUUGAGCACAUCUAUAAUACCUGCUAUGUUUACCGUCUUAGGAGCUGCGAUUGGCAACAUUGCUGGUCCUACAAAAUUGGCUGCUCAAUACAGUCCCAUUAAUAGUGUUUCACAUCUUCCUGCAUUCUCAGCUGCUACUGGUCUUGUACUAGGCAUUAUAUUUGGUGCAUCCCUAGGAUAUAUAGUGCUUGCACUGUUUGAGAUGGUGUUUUCACUACUUACGGCUAUCUUUAGAGUAUGUCAAAUCGAUCUUGCAACCAUUAUUAUUACAUAUGCGAGAAGAAGCAUUAUAUUUUGGAAGAUACUGUUUACACCGGAAGGGUAUUCUUUACUAGGAGCAGCAUUUGCUGCUCUUCAACAUGAAAACCCCGACACGUCAUUUCCUGUCUGUUUAAUGUUCAUCAGCCUUGUGUGUGGAGCUCUUAUUGGAAUAUUGAUUGGGACUAUUCUUUCUACCAUUUUCAAAUACUCUUUUCAAGCUCUGGAUGGACCGAGAUCAUGGGUCUGCUGGAAAAGAUAUGGCGAACCUAUGCUAGUAGCAGUUGUGUGCAUUCGACAUCUUAUACCUGCAAUUAUGAACAUACCCCAAUACAACGAGAAUUUCACACUUCCAGGUGGAUUCAAUGUUGAGACCAUGAUGAUGCUGGUUUCUUUAUAAUCAGGUCACAAGCCGAGAGUUAGCACUUUAUUGCUCUAGUGCUUAUCAUUCUUUAAUCUACUCAGUUUAUAACAUUGUUGUUGUGUCAAUGAAAUGUUCAUACUAAAAUGAAAUUUUUUUCAUUAUC